AUGGCAGCACCAGCCGAAACCGCCAGCGGCGCCGCCGCGGCCCCAAGCGCCGAAGACCUCAAGGUAUACGAGCUGACGCAAAAGUACACCGCCGAAGCCGCCAAACGCUUCCGGCCCGAAGGGCUCGACCAGUUCGUCCGGCUGCGCGAAUCGGGCAGCGCCCGGUUCCGCGCGCUGGCCGAGGACCCGUGGGUGGACCACGCGGCGCUCAACGCCAAACCGCUCGUCCAGGACGGCGCCCGGCACAAGUUCAUCAUCCUGGGCGCCGGGUACGGCGGGCUGAUCUACGCGGUGCGGCUGAUCGAGGCCGGACUCGCCAGCGGGCCCGACGACAUCCGCUUCGUGGACGCCGCCGGCGGCUUCGGCGGCACCUGGUGGUGGAACCGCUACCCGGGCCUGCACUGCGACAUCGAGAGCUACAGCUACAUGCCGCUGCUCGAGGAGACGGGGUAUAUCCCCAGCAAGAAGUACGCCACGGGCGCGGAGUUGUUGGAGUAUGCGGAGCUGCUGGCCAAGAAGUGGGGGCUGAAUGAUAAGGCGCUGUUCCGGGCGACGGUGAAGGCGACGCGGUGGGAUGAGGAGGCCCAGCUGUGGAAUGUGGAGGCCACUGAAGGAAGGGGGCCGGGCGAGCCGAGCAGGGACCUGACGCUGAAGGGCCAGUAUGUGCUGCUGGUGUCGGGCAUUCUCACGACGCCGCAUGUUCCCAAGAUCCCCGAGCUGGAGAACUUUGCGGGGCCUAUCUUUCAUACGGCCCGCUGGGACUACAGGGUCUCGGGCGGGACCCCGAAGGACGCGACGUUGACGGGUCUUGAGGGCAAGCGCGUGGGUAUUCUUGGUACCGGCGCCACCGCGAUCCAGGCGGUUCCCAGGUUGGCCAAGUAUGCGAAAGAGUUGUAUGUGUUCCAGCGCACGCCGUCGGUUGUUUCGUGGCGCGGCCAGCGUGAAACUGACCCUGAGGAGUGGAAGACAAAGAUUGCAAGGGGAAAGGGUUGGCAACGGGAGCGGAGGUUGAAUCAAGAUUUGUACCUGAUGGAUAGUGCUGAAGAGGGCCAGGAGAACAUGGUGGGAGACGGGUGGACCGAGUUCCGCAGUUUCUCUGCCGUCGUCGGCUCUUCGAAGUAUCCCAUCGUUGAGCCCACGCCAGAGAAGAUUAUGGAGCAUGUUGGGCGUUUGUACAAGCUCGACGCGCCCCAAUCGGAGAAGAUGAGGGCGCGCGUGGAGAGCAUCGUCAACGAUCCCGAGACGGCCGCCAAGCUCAAGGCAUGGUACCCAAUCUGGUGCAAGCGGCCGACCUUCAGCGACGAAUACCUCCAAACUUUCAACCAGCCAAACGUGCAUCUUGUCGACACUGACGGCAAGGGCGUCGACGCCGCGACCACCAGUGGAUUGGUGGUUGCUGGGAAGGAGUAUCCUCUUGACAUCCUCAUCCUGAGCACGGGUUACGUAACCCCGAGCAUUGGCGGCGGCAGCCCGGCUGUGCGGACCGGCAUCGACAUCUACGGCCGUGGCGGCAGAUCUCUGGACGAGAAGUGGAACACCCAAGGGGCUUCCACGCUUCACGGCGUAGCCACGCACGGGUUCCCCAACCUCUUCUUCGCGCCCCUUUCCCAGUCCAGCCAGUCGUCCAACAACGCCUUCACUCUCGACAUCGGUGGCGAACACAUUGUCCACAUCAUCGAAAAGGCCGAGGCUAAGGUCGGUGGAAAUGCCAUUGCCGAGGUGACGAGCGAGGCCGAGGAGGCGUGGGCCCUCGAGAUCAUGAAGCGUGCGGGCUGGUUCGCGACCGUCAUGGGCUGCACCCCCGGUUACAUCACGUCUGAGGGCGAGGCUCUGCGGCAAUCUAGCGAUCCGAUGGAAAUGGCCAAGAAGGCUAGAGGUGGCAACUGGAGCCAGGGUAUCCAUACUUUCUUGGCCUUGUUGGAGGAGUAUCGUGCCGAUGGCCAAAUCAAGGGAAUCGAUGUUGUGUCGAGGACUGCUUAA